CACUAGAUGGCGCUCACACUAAAUGACAUACGUUUCUAUCCAAUGGGACAAUGGAGUAAAACAAGACGGCAGCGAAUCAUCUUCCCCCAGCUAGCACCCUGAAAGUAUUCACUUUUAUGAGGGGUUUAUACCUCUGCUGCUGGCCCCAAACAUGAGGAGAAUAUCCAGGAAGAAAGCUCUGACUCUGGUGAAGGAAUUAGAUGCUUUCCCCAAAGUGCCAGAGAGCUACGUGGAGACCACAGCCAGCGGAGGGACAGUCUCUCUGGUAGCUUUCUGUCUCAUGGCGGUCCUCGCCUUCCUGGAGUUCUUUGUGUACAGAAACACAUGGAUGAACUAUGAAUACGAGGUAGACAAAGACUUCACCAGCAAACUCAGGAUCAAUGUGGACAUCACAGUAGCCAUGAGAUGCCAGUACAUAGGAGCAGAUGUCCUGGAUCUGGCAGAGACUAUGGUUGCUUCAGAUGAUUUAAAAUAUGAACCAGUCAAGUUUGAACUCCCACCUGAGCGAAAACUGUGGCAAAUGACCCUCCUGCACAUCCAGGAGCGUCUCAGAGUGGAGCACUCUCUGCAGAACGUUCUCUUCAAAUCUGCAAUGAAAGGACCUGCUCCUGCUCAGAGAGAAAGUGAUGAUGACUCCAGUUCACCCAGUGCCUGCAGGAUACAUGGACACAUGUAUGUCAACAAAGUGGCAGGGAAUUUCCACAUCACUAUCGGCAAGUAUGUAUUUCCGUCUUUGAUUUCAUUCUUUGACUUGCAGUUUCUGCGUUAGGCCUUCACUUCAUCC